AUGCAGCAGAUGAAGGGCAUCUACCGGGUCCAAGAGGCUCGCUUGCAGAAGUUGCAUGUCCAGGCGCGGGAGCUCACGGCAUGUUUUGCGUGCACAUGGGAACACCACCCUCGCGAGUUCAACCAAGCCACGGAUCAUUUGUCCAAGCUCGCACCCGACGACGGUACCUCGUACGCGCAUCCCGACGACGGAUGGCACGAUGUACUGCCGGCCGAGGAACUCCUGCGCGUUGAAGAGCUUUUGGCCGCCGACGUUCAACACACAACUAGUACGUAA